CCACUACUACACCACAGUUACGACGACUCUCACCACAGCAGCUGGAUAAAGGAAAAGACUGCUGGAGGUGUCCGUCUUACUUGAGGUUUUUUGAGUGGUGUCCAGUUGAAACUGCUUGAACUACAUAUAAAAUGCCCUCCACGUCACUGGCCUUGACGCCCGGUUUGGCGUCGUUUCUCAAGUCGCUAAAGACGAACCAGAUCGAUACUUCCAUUGACAAUUUGAUCUCACUGCUCAAGCGAAGACAAAUUCGUCACUCGAGAUCAUGCGCAACUGCUACGGCUUACCUCCUCCUUCGUGUUAUUUCGGCUUGUCGGACUACAGAUGUGGUCAAGUUGAUCGAGCGGGUACAGAGUGUGGGAAGGCGUCUCGUGGCCGCGCAACCGCGAGAGAUGGUGGUGGGCAACAUCGUUCGACGGGUUUUGGGUCUGAUUCGCGACGAGGCAGAAGAUGACAGAGAGGCGGAUUUCAACCUGAGUGAAGCUGGCUCGGAGAGUCAACCGCAGACCCCUCGUGUGCCUGAUGACGCUUCGGAUAUUCCAUCUGCUCGUCUCGAUGGAUCGGCCGCCAGAACUUCAUUGACAUCCAUGUUCAGCCUUCUUUCUCACCCAGAGCCCGAACCCUCGCUCCCCGGUACCCCCUCGUCAGCCUCCCCCUCCGGCAGAGUGCCCGGCCCUAGCAAGGACAUCCGCGCAGAAGUUAUGGAAGGAAUCAAUGAGAUUAUCGAUGAGCUGGGACAAGUCGACGAUCAGAUCUCGGCCUAUGCGCUCGACCAUAUCCACUCGAACGAAAUCAUCCUCACCCAUACUUCCUCGACAACCGUUCAGAAAUUCCUCCUCAAGGCCGCGGCCAAGCGGCGCUUCACUGUUAUCAUUGCCGAGUCGUUCCCGAAUAACCAUGAGGCUACGCAUUCGACUGUCAGCGGGGCCAGUGCCAAUGACGAGGAGACUCUAAGCACCGAAUCAUUCCAGAAACCGCUCAUCGCCAUGGGCAUCACUAUUAUUCUGAUUCCCGACUCGGCCGUCUUUGCCCUCAUGUCUCGCGUCAACAAGGUUAUCCUGGGUACGCACUCUGUCCUGGCCAACGGUGGACUUGUCGCGGCAGCAGGCACUCGAGUCAUUGCCCGUGCAGCCAAGGUGCACCAGACUCCCGUCGUGGUAGUCAGUGGCGUGUACAAGCUCAGCCCGGUGUACCCGUUCGACUUCGAGUCGUUGAUCGAGUAUGGAGACGCCAGCAAGGUGAUUGGAUACGAGGACGGUGAUCUGGUUGACCAGAUUGAUGUCCAGAAUCCGCUGUACGACUACGUUCCUGCGGAGUUGGUCGAUCUUUACAUUACCAAUCUGGGCGGCCAUGCGCCAUCUUAUCUCUACCGUAUCGUGUCGGAUCACUACCGCAAGGAAGACAUUCACUUCUAAUUAUGUUGCGGACAAGAAAAAAAGGCAUAUGGAAAAGGACAAUGAAAAUGGCGCUAUUGUUUUAAUGGAUAGAUUUCGAUGAUUCCAAUAUGGAUGACGGUAUGAAUAUGAAGUGACGAUACCCAGACAUAGAACGUCCACGGCAACGUAGAUGCGCAUACUCCGUGGAGUAGAACUUGUCGUAGAACACGAGUACAAUGAAUCUCAUAGAUCCCAGGUCUUACAACUACCAAGUCUAGGACCGACACCGGUGCACGAUUAAAAAGAAAAAGAAAUGUUUAUUCAGGGCCCCUUUCCCAAAGAAAAAAAAACAAUCAUGGCGCCAUCUUUUUAUGAGUAUCAAUCGUAGUAGCUGCACAAUGGUUUUGCAGUGUCAUUCGUCCUGAACCAUAAUAAUUUCCAGACCAUAGAUCGGACAGAUCCCAUGACUUAAUUCAUUGUUCCGAUUCCUUUUUCCAUGGCAUGGGCCCCUCGUCUUUUC